AUGGGCUGGACGAUAUUGAACGAGGGAGGAAUCGCAAGGACAUGCCCCCCCAUCCAAGCGCCCAGGAAACAGCGGCUCCCCGGCAGGACAAGGGCACGGCGCGUCCUGAAGCUUGCCGGGGACGAAGGCACGGCGCGGUGCGCCUCUGCCCCCGAUCCGCUGCCCGGCCAUGUGGUGACGGGGUACAGCCGCAAGCGCCUGGAAGAGGACCUGGUCAGCCCCCUGAUCCUCAGGAAGGCCACGCGGAGGGUGGACCCCCUCUGCCCCUCCAGCCUGCUCUCCGGCCUCUGCAUCGAGGGGAGGGGCGCCGGCGGCGACGGGCCGCGCUGA